GCACUGACUGACCACAGUGACAACAAUGAUUGACAACACCCCAACCUGAGACCAUAAAAACUGAUUGGUUGAUGAAGAUACAGCCAACAGGUUGGCUCCACCCCUCCACACCGUCCCCGACCCAUCGUUGAACUCUUCAAAAACAUUUAACAACAAUCAACACUUCUGAACAACGUUACCUUCUGACACACUCUCAACCUUUAACCAGAAAAACAACAGCCUGGUCGCACAGCAGUGACUGUAGCUUCUCCCUGGUCGCACAGCAGUGACUGUAGCUUCUCCCUGGUCACACAGCAGUGACUGUAGCUUCUCCCUGGUCACACAGCAGUGACUGUAGCUUCUCCCUGGUCACACAGCAGUGACUGUAGCUUCUCCCUGGUCACACAGCAGUGACUGUAGCUUCUCCCUGGUCACACAGCAGUGACUGUAGCUUCUCCCUGGUCACACAGCAGUGACUGUAGCUUCUCCCUGGUCACACAGCAGUGACUGUAGCUUCUCCCUGGUCACACAGCAGUGACUGUAGCUUCUCUCUGGUCACACAGCAGUGACUGUAGCUUCUCCCUGGUCGCACAGCAGUGACUGUAGCUUCUCCCUGGUCACACAGCAGUGACUGUAGCUUCUCCCUGGUCCCACAAAGACCAGUAAACGAAGAGGAAUAACUGUAGUCUGAAGCUGCUCACACACAGUAACAUGGAGCCACCACUUCCCACCUUUUGAAGUUGGGAACCGUCUUUCCAAAGUACUUUCUGUCCAUCUUCUCUCUGGUCAUCUUCUCUCUGUCCGUCUUCUCUCUGUCCAUCUUCUCUCUGGCCAUCUCCUCUUUGUGUCCAUCUUCUCUCUGUCCAUCUUCUUUCAGUCCAUCUCCUCUUUGUGUCCAUCUUCUCUCUGUCCAUCUCCUCUUUGUGUCCAUCUUCUCUCUGUCCAUCUUCUUUCAGUCUAUCUCCUCUUUGUGUGAGUACAAAGGGACAGUAAAAACCAGCCACUUUGUCACGAUAGGACGGACAAAAGAGAAACCUGCGAUGCGUUGUCCGGAGAUUUUGACACUGCAGGCGGUGUGUGUGUGUGUAAGUGUGUGUGUGGCCAUGCAGCAAUACCCAGCUGCUUGGUCCCACUAUGACGUGUGUAAGAGUCGGAUCUACACAGAGGAAGGGUUAACGUGGGACUACAUGGCCUGUCAACCAGAAGCUACAGUCAUGACCAAGUACCUGACCGUCAGCCUGGACCCGCCCAAUAUCACCUGUGGAGACCCACCUGAGACAUACUGCACACUGGAAAACCCUUACAUGUGCAACAACGAGUGUGACUCCUCCACAGAUGAACUAGCCCACCCUCCAGAGCUCAUGUUCGACUUCGAGGGACGCAACCCCACAACCUUCUGGCAAUCCAGUUCAUGGAAUACGUUCCCCAAACCCCUGGAGGUCAACAUCACGCUGUCCUGGAACAAAACUAUCGAGCUGACGGACGACAUCGUCCUCACCUUCGAGUCCGGCCGCCCUGAGCAGAUGCUUCUGGAGAAAUCGUUAGACUACGGUAAAACCUGGACCCCUUACCAGUUCUACGCUACCGACUGCCUCGAUGCCUUCACCAUGGAGCCCAAGACGGUCAACGAGCUGACCCAGCGAACCCUCCUCGACAUCAUCUGCACCGAGGACUACUCCCGAGGCUACGUGUGGAAGUAUGAUAAAACCGUCCGUUUCGAGAUCAAGGAUCGGUUCGCGCUGUUCGCCGGACCGCGGCUGCACAACAUGGCGUCGCUGUACGGUCAACUGGACACCACCAGGAACCUACGGGACUUCUUCACGGUGACGGACCUGAGGAUACGGCUGCUGAAACCGGCCACCGGGGCCACCAUGGUGGACGAGAACAACCUGUCCAGAUACUUCUACGCCAUCUCUGAUAUCAAGGUGCAGGGCAGAUGUAAGUGUAACCUGCACUCCAACAGCUGUGUGUUUGACAAGGACAAGGGGAAGCUGGGGUGUGAGUGUGAACACAACACAACAGGACCAGACUGCGGCCGCUGUAAGAGACACUACCACGGACGACCCUGGAGCGUCGGGUCCUACCUGCCCAUCCCCAGAGGAACUGCUAACAUCUGUAUCCAUAGAAGUCAUGGACCAGUGCAUCGAGCUAAUGCUUCAUCUCUAGGUGUUGCAAACCGUAAUCAAGCUCAUGUGUGUGACAACGCCAUGCUUCUCUGUCAGAAUGGAGGAACGUGCCACCACCAUCAGCGGUGCCACUGUGCUCCGGGUUUCAAAGGCGUCCUGUGUGAGAGGACACGAUGCCAGGUCCUCGGGCCCUGCGAGGAGUACCCCACUGCUGGGCAGCCAUCCCUCCACCACCCUCUCCUCCUGGUCCCUCCAGGUCUGCUCCUCUCCCUACUGCUCCCCCUAGUGGUGAUAUGGUUCUGCUAAGAAUUGUUUUAUUCAUUACAACUGGCCAGUGAACUUUGAACUUGGAACUGAAGAGGUCCACUUGGCCAUUUGUCAGCCAUGUUGUCAUUUUGAUGGACAGCAGGGCAGGACCUAAUGCAAGUACAUUCUGGGACAGCAGAAAGACAGCUCAGAUGAGAUCUACAGAAAAGAGAAAGGAAUUCAGGAAGGACAUGGGAUCAAGCAGGGACACUAAACGAGAUAUUACCUGGUCCGUGGUAUAAAUAAGGUACCUUUAUUUAAUGUCAAAAGUGCAAUAUGAUGAUGGCUGAUAAACUGAUAAUGAAGACAUGAUAGUGAUACUUUUGGUCAGAGACACAGACAGACAGACAUAAGUCAACUUAAGGAGCUUAGACACGGGCUGCGGUAAAUGGCAAUUGAACCAUGAGAAAAUCUGCAUACCGUCUGUAGAGACCAGCGAUCCCGGGUUUUUGUCGGCUCGAAUAUUGUCAUUAAAACAUUGUUUGAUUGGUUGACAAGAUGAACGAUGCUCAUCGGUCAACAAUGUGCACCGACCACUCAAGACUUCAGCUAAUUUAAUCUUUUUGGCGCCUUGAGCUCCAAGCCAGCGGAGCUGCUCGCGGAGAAAGCACCACGAACCGCGGAAGUUUAUGUGACCUUCUCUGCUUACCGUGGCCCGUCUGUAAACGCCUUUAUAGUACAAUCUACAACCUUCAAUCUCACUAUGGUCCUGUCCCAAAUGGCACCCUAUUCUCUAUAUAGUACACCCUACUUCCUAUAUAGUACCCCCAGUGGGUUCUGGUCAACAGUAGUAGACUGUGGCCUCCCGGGUGGCGCAGUGGUUAAGGGCGCUGCAGCGCCAGCUGUGCCAUCAGAGUCCCUGGGUUCGCCCCAGGCUCUGUCUUAACCGGGCACGACCGGGAGGUCCGUGGGGCUACGCACAAUUGGCCUAGCGUCGUCCGGGCCGGGCGCAGUGCGUGCUAACCAAGGUUGCCAGGUGCAUUGUGUUUCCUCCGACACAUUGGAUGCGGCCGGGUUGGAUGCGCACUGUGUAUCGGAGGACGCAUGACUUUCAACCUUCAUCUCUCCCGAGCCCGUACGGGAGUUGUAGCGAUGAGACAAGAUAGUAGCUACUACAACAAUUGGAUACCACGAAAAUAAAUAAAAAACAGUAGUAGACUGUAUAAGUAAUAUGGGUGCCAUUUAAAGGGACACCCAAAUU